AUGCGUCUCACUAUUUCUACUAUCGCCCUCACUCUGGGAAUACUCACGGCCGCAAAUGCUCUGCAUCAACCGCAUGCCGCUGUCCAUGCACGAAGCUCCCAGUUCACACCGGCUACAAUCUCAUACGUGCCCAAGCCGCUAAACACCGAAAUCGAGGUGAAUGUCGGAGGCGUCAAAUAUGAGCUCGAGGCUGCUCCUACAGAGAUCGAGGCGGAGCUUGAAGCUGGGCCUUUGGAGGUCGAGGUCGAGGUAAAACCCUCGCAGAUCGAGGGGGAAUUGGAAGUCGGGUCCUCCAAGAUCGAAUUCAAAGCGAAGCCCACCGGCAUUGUGGUUGAGGGCAAGCCCGAGGAUGAUUAA